AUGACCGACUUACCCUUUGAGUUGACUAUGUCAUGUGGCUUGAUCUUCAUUGGUAGUCUUUUUGGUACCUUACUUUUCGGCAUCGCUUGUGCCCAGACAUUGUACUACUUUCGACGAUAUCCUGAUGAUGGAUUGGGAAUAAAAAUGCUGUCAAUGCUGAAAACAGAUAUCUACAGAGCUUUCCCGGCCCAGUACUUCUUGGCAGUAAGCACGAUCAAAAACGUCUCACGGCAUCUGAUCGCUAUGAAUGUUAGGGAGCCACAAUGUCGACUGCCCAGCUGUAACUUCUUCAUUUAUACCAUCUUCACAGUUGUUAAUCGUAAGUGGUUCCAAUACCAUCUGACAAUCUUCAUGGUCCUGGGCCCCGUCACACUAGCGGGAUACUGCAUUACGGAUAUUCACAUCGCUGUCUCGCUGUGCUUGAUAUUAUGGAAACAGAGGACCGGUAUUGUGCGCACAAACUGGCUGGUCUCGCGGCUUGUCCUAUAUUCCAUCAAUCGCGGAGUGGUCUCUGUGGUGCUCGAACUUGCGGAAUUUACUGCGUUGUUAGCCGGAAUCUCGUUGAGGUCCACGUCCUAUAAACUACUGUGGAUCGUCUUUCACUUCGUCAACAGCAAAGCCCUACAUCGUGGCGCUGCAAAGGGCAUGCAAACUUACGAUAUGGGCCGUAUAGCAGGACAGUCGACACCUAACACCGGUCUUAUGUCAUAA